AUGAAAAGGUUGUGCUACAUCCAAGGACAAAUGGAAGAAUUUGAAAAGGAAGUGUCAAUGUUGGACAAAUUCAGAAGUGAUUAUAUCGUCCAUUUCUAUGGUGCUGUGUUUAUCCCAAAUAAAAUAUGUAUGGUCACUGAAUUUGCACAAAUUGGGUCUUUGCAUGACUUGAUCAAAAUUGUGUUAGAUGCAGCAUAUGGCAUAUCCUACCUUCAUUCCAAUGGCAUUUUACAUAGAGACAUCAAGCCAGAUAAUAUCCUUGUUGUUGCACUCGAUUUUGAUCAAAAGGUGAAUGCAAAACUGACUGACUUUGGAUCAUCAAGAAAUAUUAAUAUGAUGAUGACUAAUAUAACAUUCACUAAAGGAAUUGGUACAUUAGUUUUCAUGGCACCUGAAGUGAUAAUGUCCCAAAAAUACAAAAUAUCUGCAGAUGUAUAUUCAUUUGCAGUCACUAUGUAUGAAUGCUUUGCGUGGAGCCGGUCAUAUGCAUCCAAUGAAUUUUUAUACCCAUGGAAUGUGGUCGACUUUGUUACAAAGGGGAAACGCCUUCCAAAACCAGAGAACUUCUCUGAUGAAUGCUAUAAAAUAAUUUGCGAUUCUUGGAAACAUAAAGCAGGCGAUAGACCUCCAAUUGAAAAUGUUAUAAAACAAAUUAAAGCUUUGAUUGUGUAA